AGUAUAAAACGUACUGCAUCUGCAGAUCCCAUAAUUGAUUUUCAAGGAAUGGAGAUGGAGGAACGCUCCUUUGUUAAUUCUUCAGAACAACAGCAGGUGGAAGAUGGAGGUGAAAGUGCGAGGUAUACUAUUGACGAAGCUCUUAUAUCCAUGGGUUUUGGGAAUUUCCAAAUUUUUGUGCUUGCUUAUGCUGGAAUGGGAUGGGUUUCAGAAGCUAUGGAAAUGAUGUUACUCUCCUUUGUUGGACCUGCAGUUCAGUCUGCUUGGAACCUUUCUCCUCACGAAGAGUCUAUGAUCACCAGUGUGGUUUUUGCAGGCAUGUUAGUUGGAGCCUAUUCAUGGGGCAUAGUUUCUGAUAAAUAUGGACGAAGGAGUGGUUUCUUCAUUACAGCAACAAUCACUUCUGUUGCUGGAUUUCUAAGUGCUUUUGCCCCAAAUUAUAUAUCUUUGUUAGUUCUUCGCUGUUUAGUUGGCAUUGGGUUGGGAGGUGGCCCUGUACUUGCGUCCUGGUUCUUGGAAUUCAUUCCUGCUCCUAAAAGAGGCACCUGGAUGGUUGUUUUUUCAGCAUUUUGGACCGUUGGAACAAUCUUUGAGGCUUCAUUAGCAUGGAUGAUCAUGCCAAAAUUAGGUUGGAGGUGGCUCCUCGCACUGUCUUCUUUUCCUUCCUUUCUUCUCCUACUCUUCUACAGAUCUACUCCAGAGUCCCCACGGUAUCUGUGUUUACAAGGUAGAACAAGUGAGGCAGCUAUUAUUUUGGAGAAAAUAGCACGAAUCAAUCAAACAGAUCUACCUCCUGGUGUUCUUGUUUCUGGUCACUCGUAUGAUUUUGACGAGCGAAGUAUUCCGUUCGAAGAUGUACGUUUGCUUUCACCAAGACAAACUAAAGUUGGAACUUCUCAAGCAACAGAAUCUUAUAUGGUGGGCCUCUCUCCAUUGUUUAAGCUUCUUUCUCGAGAACUGAUUGUGUCCACAUUGCUCUUGUGGGUAGUUUUCUUUGGAAAUGCCUUUUCUUAUUAUGGCCUCGUGUUGCUAACCUCUGAGUUAACUGGAAAUAGUAGAUGUACGUCUACUGAUAUACCUCUAAAAGAAUCCGAAGAUAUCAGCUACAAAGAUGUCUUUAUCUCUAGUUUCGCAGAGUUACCUGGUCUCGCGUUAUCAGCUGUCAUGGUUGACAAAUUAGGGCGUAAGUUGUCGAUGUCUGCGAUGUUCUUCCUGGGCGCCAUAUUUCUAUUUCCCCUGGCAUUUUAUCGAACUGACGGUUUAACAACUAGCCUUUUGUUCGGAGCUCGCAUUUGUAUCACAUCUACAUUCACAGUUGUCUAUAUAUAUGCUCCCGAGAUAUAUCCAACCUCAAUACGAACAACCGGAGUUGGGGUCGCUAGCUCUGUUGGAAGAAUCGGGGGAAUGAUAUGCCCUCUCGUGGCCGUCGCCCUGGUUAAAGGAUGCCAUCAAACAGCAGCCAUUAUUUUGUUUGAGAUAGUAAUUUUGCUGUCGGGGAUCUGUGUUGUGUUCUUCCCAUUCGAAACCAAGGGGCAAGAUCUUCCUGAAAAUUAUGUAGCUGAAACUUAGAAUGCACACUGAUUACAUAGUUUCCAUUACCUGUGAUCUCGCCCCCUUUCCUUUAUUCAUUAUCUGCUGCUAUAGCUUCUGUUGAAGAGACCGUACGUUGAGUAUCGACUUCAAGACUUCCGGUAUUUACAAUACCAGCUCGAGAACGAGAGUCGCAAAAAACAAAUCCUAUUACUAUUCUUCAACUAUUAGGUGGGAUACAAUGUAGGACUGUUACACGACCAGUUAUCCGUACAAUAAAUGAGCAAGGAUUGAAAUGUGGUUUCUGCUGUUAGAUAUGUUAAAUUCAUUCUUACCAGGAGAAUAUGUUCUCUCUUGUAGAGAGUUUCAAAUUGUCCUUUGACAGAACUUAUUGAGAUAUUUGAAAUUAAAUAAUGCUUCUUAA